AUGGAAAGAAACGCGCCUGAUUCAUUGAGGACUCGACAGAUUGGUAAGUUUUGAGUUGUUUACUUUAUUUUUAGGCGGUUUUCUUUAUAAAUUGGGGCUUAAAGGAUUUAAAACGUUAUCAUCAACUUUAUUAUUAAGAAAAUUUUGUAAUUUGGAUAUUCUUAUACAUUUUUUAAUUGUUGUAUUGUUUUAGCUGCCGUGAAACAAAUAUUGAACUUGAAUCAACCGCUAAGCCAUUCAUUGGCAGUCGAACCUGUUUGGAAAGUGUUGGUUUUAGAUAAAUAUGGCAGUGACAUUAUUUCUCCUUUGAUUCCGGUCAAAAAUUUGCGUGAACUAGGUGUUACACUUCAUCUGUAAGUUGUUUUUGUUUAUUGUUUUUAGGUAAAAUACGCACUUGUGUCUAGCAUCGUAACAUCUUGCAGUUGUAUUAGUAGUUUUUUUAGGGAAAUUGAUUUGCUUUAAUUUAUCGUAACUAAAACAUUAUUGUAGGAUCAUAAACUCUCGUCGUGACAGUUUGCCAGAUGUGCCAGCAGUAUAUUUUGUCUCGCCAACUGAUGAUAAUAUAAAGAUUAUCUCAGAAGACUUGCAGAAAGCUAUCUAUGAUUCGUUUUAUCUUAACAUGGUAUGGCCAAUUCAGAGAAAUCAACUGGAAGAUCUGGCCACGGCGGCAGUUGCUGGCCAAGUUACUCCUAUGGUUCAGAAGGUAAUUUUAUUGACUUUUGGGGAUCUUUUUGUUUUUAGUUGAUGUGUUUUGGAAUAUUCUUGUGAAUAUCUUAUUAUUUUUGAUAUUUUUUUUUUUGUAUUUUAGCUAGUAGAUCAAUACCUAAAUUACAUAUCGCUGGAAGAUGGUCUAUUUGCUUUACGUCGUUAUACUAAAGACAGUCCAUUCUCCUUUUACGGUAAGGAUUUUAUGCGAUUUAGUAACUGACAAUGAUAUUUUAUAGCCAUAAACAAAACUACAAUGUCACAAGAAGAAAUGGACAAUAUUAUUGACCAGAUUGCCGGAAGCCUGUUUUCAGUAUGUGUAUCACUUGGAGUUGUACCUAUUAUCAAAUGUCCUAAAGGUAAUGCGGCCGAGGAAGUUGCUAAAGUAAGCUUUUGAAAUACUUUUAUAAUUUUUAAGAAAUUUUUGGUUUUUAUGAAAAUUAUACUGUCAUUUUUUGAUAACUAAAAUCAUAAAAUUUUUCAUUUUACAGAGAUUAGACCAAAAAAUCCGUGACAACUUGCGAGAUGCCAGGAACAACUUGUUCACAACUGAAAAUGUAAGAGCCGGGCAAUUCUCGCUUCAUCGACCAGUAUUGGUCAUAGCCGAUCGGUCAGUAGACUUUCCUACAAUGCUACAUCACACAUGGACCUACCAAGCCAUGAUCCAUGAUGUUUUGGUAAGGUUUUUGCUAUUUUAUUGGUUUUUAGGUAACAAAAAUGAAGAAAGAGGUUGAAAUAGGGAGAAAACGCCUUGUUUGGCUAAGAAAACGCUUUUUUAUUAAAUUUGAUGUAAAAUGACAACGUUUUGUUUUAGGACUAUGAUUUGAACCGUAUUAAAAUUACGGAUUCUCAACAACGUCGCAAGGAGUACGACAUAUCGACUAAUGACAAGUUAUGGGCUAAUUUUAAAGGAUCACCUUUCCCAGAAGUCGCAGAAGCUAUUCAGUCUGAUUUAGAUGCUUACAGGAAAAACGAAGAGGAAAUUAAAAAAUUGAAGACUUCUAUGGUAAGUUAAUCAAAUAUAUAAAUUUAAAUUUCAUAUAUUUUACAUAUAGAGGAUUUUUUGAUUUGCAAAUAACGUUUUUACUAUUUUCAGGGUAUUCAAAACCCAGAAGAUGAAGCAGCAGUCAUGCUACUGGACGAUGCAACAUCAAAACUUCAGACUGCGAUGGGGUCAUUGCCUGAACUUUUAGAACAGAAAAGAUUAAUCGAUUUGCACACGAAUGUUGCCACAACAUUGUUGGACAGCAUCAAACAACGGCAAUUAGAUGUGCUAUUUGAAAGCGAAGAAAAGUUGCUGAAUGGACAGUAUUCUGGUAAGGUUUGAUUUUAUUAUGAAUGAAGAUUGAGAAUUUUGACUUUUAGCGAAGUUAUAUGAAAAAUUAAGAAGUUUCAUACUAGAUUUUUUAGAAGUCAACGUGCCAGAAGUCUUCAACUCGUUGCCAAACACCGGAGAUGCCUUAAGGUUCUUAUUGAUUGCAUAUCUUUGUAAUAACAACGUGUCAGAGGUGAGUGGUGGGUGAUUUGUGAUUUUUUAAAAUUUUAUAAUGGUUUUGGUCUAAAAUAUCUUAUUUUUAGUCCAAAAUAUUUAAUUUAAGCAUAUUAAUUUACAAUAUCUUAUUUUAGGCAGAAAAACGAGAGUUCAAAGACCUCUUACGACAACGUGAAAUAGAUGAAAAUGCCCUAAAAUUCGUGGAAUGCAUUAAAAGAGCAACAUCACUUCAAUUAGGCACAAAUGAUCUACAUUCAGGUGGAGGAACAAAGACUUUGAAUAUGUUUGGCAAGCUUCUAAGUCACUCAUCAAGAUUCGUAAUGGAAGGCGUCAAGAAUUUGGUACCUAAAAAACACAAUCUACCCGUUACAAAGGUAAGAAUGCAUCUUUUUUCGUUGGGUUUUAGGUAUAAAAUGGCUGGAAAUUGAUUUGAAAAAUUGAAAAAGAGUAUGAUGGUAAAGUUUGACUAUAAAAGGUAUUUUUAGUUAGUGGCAGAACUUGUGGACACGAGGCAAACGGUGGGAGGACUAACCACUUCGGCACCGGUCGAUCCAAAUGAAUUCUUGUAUUUUGAUCCGAAGUUACUGCAUGCCUCAAGCAAAGAGUGAGUUUUGGAUUAGAAAUGAGGUUUUUUUGGAUAUUGUAAGCUUUGGGUAGAAAAUGAAAUUUUUUAAAUUUAAGUUUUUAAAAUUCAAAAUUUCAGCCUAGUCCACGCCCGGCAAGGCCAAUUAGCACAGGAUGUCAUCGUAUUCGUAGUCGGCGGUGGAAACUACGUGGAGUACCAGAAUAUAGUCGAUUAUGCUAAACAAGCUGGAAUCCAACGAAUCACCUACGGAUCCACCGAACUCGUCAACCCAGCCCAAUUCAUCGAACAACUGGCUCGACUGGGCGAAACACUGUGA